AUCUUUUUGGGUCCCUGUUUAAGUGAUCCAUGUUUCCGAACUCUUCCUUGUAACCUUCGCAAGUAGCCAGAAUGAAGUUGAAGCAUAACAUCAACCCUGUUCUUCUACAGUUUAUAAACUUUAUAAUCUUGGUGUACUCCUUUGUAAUGUACAUUCCGUGGUACCUAUUUUCGGGAUCAAGGGAGGCUAUAGCAAAAGCCAAGCAGGUUAAAGCUAAGCCUGUGAACAACAGGCCUGGGGCUGCGUACAGAUCUGUUAACAGCCUACAUUGCCUAGCUUCAGUUUUACAUCCUGGGUGUGAUACGCUCGACAAAGUUUUUCAGUAUGCUAAAACUAAAUUUAAGGAUAAAAAACUCUUGGGAACACGUGAAAUCCUAAAAGAGGAAGACGAAAUCCAGCCAUCAGGAAAAGUUUUUAAGAAGGUCAUCCUUGGCAAGUACACCUGGCUUUCCUAUGAAGAUGUAUACGUUAAGGCUGUUAACUUUGGAAAUGGCUUAGCAGUAUUGGGUCAGCAACCAAAGACUAACAUUGCUAUCUUCUGUGAGACGAGAGCCGAGUGGAUGAUUGCAGCACAGGCCUGCUUUAUGUGCAACUACCAGC